AUGGUGCCUCCGCGUGACGAGGACCAUGACGGGAACAACUCCACGUACCACAACUACAACACGACGACCAACCGCACAAACAGUCACCUCAACACCCGCCCGUCGCCAGCUCCGCGUCUAUGGUCACACAUAUCUAACUUCUCCCGCAAAUCCUUUCGAUCCUUCAGUUCCUCAUUCGAGGCUGACGACGAGCAAUCAAGUUCCGACGACGACUGCCUCCACGACUACCAUCUCCGUUCCGGCCGAGGCGGGUACGGGUACGGCGGCAUGAAUGGCUACGAUGAUUUGGACGGGGAUGCCGGCCGGCUUGGUCCCAGGUCAUUUCUGCCAUUAGGCCUAGAGAAAUAUCCAGGCGAAGAUACUCGUCCGACGUCUCAAAAGGAGCUUGCUGGCUGGUAUGCCUACUCAUUUGCCGCCGAGACCUAUGUCAUUUGUGGCUCCUUCAUUCCGAUUCUUCUAGAGACACUCGCGCGGGAGAACGGUGUUCUCGCGUCCGACCGAACGACACCAUGUGGCACGAGCGAUUCCAAAAGUGAUGCGGAUGGGCAGUGCAUUGUCUACAUCCUGGGCGUUGAAAUCAACACGGCCAGCUUCGCCAUGUACACCUUUUCCAUCAGCGUUCUCAUCCAGGCCCUCUUGGUGGUGAGCAUCAGCUGCGCCGCCGAUCAUGGAAACUACCGCAAGAAGCUCCUCCUCGGCUUUGCCUGGACCGGCAGCUUGGCUGUCAUGUUAUACAUCUUCGUCACCAAGGAGACCUAUGUCCUUGGGGCCCUUUUGGCCAUUGUUUCGAAUACCUCCUUUGGGGCGUCGUUCGUACUCCUCAAUUCCUUCCUGCCGCUCCUGGUUCGCUAUCACCCCGAGACUCAGGCUUCCGCACAAAUAGUCCAAGCACUGGACGCUGGUAUUGUGGAUACCGACCUCGAGUCUCGCGAGCCUGAAGAAGAUGGUGUACCCCGGGACUCGGAAUCGGUUGUGGGGGACAUGACAAACUCGACAUCAGGACUCCUAUCUUCCGGAGCCCGUGACUGGGAUGCCAACCGUCUUACGCGCAGCACAACUCAUGAGGAACUCACCUCGAUUGAAUUGAACCUGUCGACCCAGUUGUCUUCGAAGGGCAUUGGAAUCGGAUACUGCGCAGCUCUGUUUCUACAGUGUGUCGGCAUUGGCAUUUUGAUUGCUCUGGGCAACUCGACCUGGGCCCUGCGGGUCGUGCUUUUCGUCGUCGGUACCUGGUGGGCGGUCUUCACCAUCCCCGCUGCUGCGUGGCUGAGACCUCGACCGGGACCUCCCCUUUCUGCCGUGGUGGCGGGUGGCUUCAAGGGGUGGUGGACCUGGUUGGGCUAUGUCGUCUACUCGUGGAAGUCACUGUUCAAGACCAUUCGGCUCGCCCGCCGCUUGGUGGACAUCGUUCUCUUCCUGGCCGCCUGGUUCCUCCUCUCGGAUGCCAUCGCCACCACCUCGUCGACGGCCAUCCUCUUCGCCAAGACACAGCUCCACAUGAAGCCGUGGGCUUUGGGCAUGAUCAACGUCACCUCGACGAUGGCCGGCGUAGUCGGGGCAUUCGGCUGGGCAUUCAUCUCGCGCCGCUUCGGACUUCAACCGCACCAGACCAUCCUCGUCUGCAUUGCCCUCUUCGAGCUGAUCCCCCUCUACGGGCUCAUUGGCUACCUACCCUUCGUAAAAGAGUGGGGCGUUUUCGGGCUGCAGCAGCCGUGGGAGAUGUAUCCGCUGGCUGCCGUUUACGGCUUCGUCCUGGGAGGGCUGAGCGGCUAUUGUCGUUCGAUCUAUGGCGAGCUCAUCCCUCCAGGAUCUGAGGCGGCCUUCUACGCCUUGUACGCCAUCACCGACAAGGGAUCCAGCGUGUUUGGCCCCGCCAUAGUGGGCGUCAUCAUUGACAAGUCUGGCGGCAUCCGGCCAGCAUUCUGGUUCCUGGCCUGUCUAGUAGGCUUCCCGGCUCCGUUGAUCUGGUUUGUCAACGUGGACCGUGGAAAGCGGGAGGGCGAGAAACUGGCGAGGACGAUCGAGGGCUUCGAAAGUCCUCUUGAUGGCGAAGCGGAAGGUGAGGUGGAUAGUGGGAGCGAGGACCGUCCCAUUCUGAGCGCAUACGACGACGACGACGAGCGUGAGGUGCACCGUAGGCAUCAUUAG